AGGGGGAUACUCCAUCGAUAUCGAGACGAGAUUUUGUAGAUUCUCCGUCGCGAGUGACACCUGGAAACGUUGUGUUCGAUCGGAAAAAAGUGUCUGGGCGUGAAGUUUUUCCCGAUCAGUUGGAUAUAACUAGGAUUUUGAAUAGGAUUCGGGAAUUCUUUCCGCGUUUGGGCCGGACGCGAAUGGUGCGCGUUCCUCUGGCCAGCAGAAAGUAGCAAUCGCACCAUCAGGAGAAAACGAGCAGUGUAGUGUUUCUUUUUAUCGCAUUCCGAGUGGUCGUUUUUGAGUGAUUACGCUGCUGGCUGUUUUUAUUGGUUGAAGUAAGGAUAAACAGUCGAGAUCCAGGAUUUUACUUCUUCCAAUAGGCACCGUAACACGAAACGCUUGGCAUUCGGAUAAAAUCGGGUUGCAAGGAAAAUAACUAUCAUCGCAUAUCCAACUUCUGCACCACCAUUGUCAGCAGGAAGCUGGUCUUCGAGUACUCUGCACAACAGCGGGAAACAGAAUCAUAACUCCGUUAGGAAUCAAAGGGCAUGUUUUCCACUUUCAUUGGACUAAUUGGACAAUCAGACCAAUCAUCCUCAUCCGGACAAGAACGAAGCGACCUCCUCACAGACCCUUCCGGGAUUGUAUCAAGACUUGCUUCGGGGAAUUGAUUUUUGCUAUCAAGACAUCACCAACCGUUGACAGCUACAACCACCAGAACAACUCAUUGAUAUCUACACUCUGUACCUGUACAUUCUGAGUGCCGAGGAAGGAGGAACUGAUCAGAGAACUUAUUCAUGAAUUUUAUAGAUAUCCAAUCAUGGUGAGAGGUGCCCUGCAUUGCACACUUCUGUUCGCUGUUUAGUAGCUCCUUCCAGCUGCCGGAUUUCGACAUCGAGGAUCUCGAGGAAGCCCUGCUGACCGAUGCCGACGUCGAGAGUGAGGUCGAUUUGAAAAUCUACAACGCACGUCUGCUAUCGGACCUCAUAGUUGCGUUACUCAAGGGUUGCGACGCACUUAGCCAGAUCGUAGAGCACAUCAGUCCGAGUAACUAUCAGAUGUUCCUGAGACGAUUGUUCCGUCAAAAAUGUCAGGAAUAUAAUAUCGACAACCCAUUCAACACCGACACCGACUUCGAGAAACUUCCUCUGCGUACCAAGAUCUUAAUUUUGAAAUAUCUGUGCGACUUUCGCUUGGAUUCCGCUGACGUUUAUAACAGUUUUGCAAAUCUGCAAGCGGACAGUUUGCGUGUCGAACCACUUGGCUACGAUAGCAAAGGAUCUGCUUAUUGGUACUUCUUCGGCACUCGGCUCUACCGGGAGGACUACGAAACCCCAUCAGGCAAGGGUAACAAGUCGUCCAAGCGAUCAGUUUGGCAAGUCAUUUGCUUCACCGAGGAGGACUGGAGAAAUCUAGCUGGCAAGUUCCAAAACUCUAAGAACGAGAACGUUAUUGCCCUUCAUCAACAGUUGGAGGAGAAUUUUUUGCCAAACAUUCCGAAAAUCUUCCGCGAUAAGGAGCGUGAACGCAGAAACAAGCUUCUGGAGCGUCGAACAUCCUCUCGCAUAAAGCUCUGCGAGGAACGUCGUCUGGCUGAUCUAUAUCGUCAGCAAGAGAUCGAACAGCAACAAACACAAAAAGCUCUUCGCAAGAAAAAACGCGCGCUGGAGGUAGACGUUAGUGUUACCCAGACAAAACCAGCGAGCCUUCCCGAAGAAAGAGCCAAACGUGCCGAACGACGGUUAGCAGCCAGAGAUAUUAAGCUAUUCUAAGCAAGCAAGCAAGCAAACAAGAAAAAACGCAAGAGAAGAGCAAAUAGACAACACAAAGUAGCAAAAUAUCAACCGGCAAUCAAUCGUACAACAUCCAGCUCUCCGUAGAUCUCUCUGUGUAUCUUUCGUUAAGCACCAAAGCAAUGCAGAAUUUGACUUUCCAAAGCAAAUACCAAGUCUAGUUUGUCGGAGAGCUACUAUGUGAUUGAUAAGAUGUUAUUUUGUUUCUUCUUCUAUUGUUAAUUGCUGUCACGUUCGAACUCGGUCACAAGUAUAGUAUCAACCUACGCAAGCUCGCCAGAACCUCUCACCAGUGAUCUUAUUUUUCAGCCAAAAGAGAGAGAAUCCCUAAUCCCAAAUACUACUUUUAGUAAGCAUUCAAGCACCAAACAUACAACCUUUCCAGCUUCCCCUUCCUCUGAGCUAGGUUCCGAACAGACUACAAGCGCGGACAUUCUAGUGGUAUCGGAAGACUCUAAACGUGACCCAGAAGAUUACGACGAUAACGACGGCGAAGACGAAACAAGUACAUGUGUAGUCGUUGAAUCGUUGAACAAUAAUAAUUGUACCGAAGUUGGUUCGUGCGUUAGUGUUGCUAGUAGUGAUACAUCCAGCAGUGGUGUGAGUAGCCGGAAGCGGGGUAAAUCUCCAUCGUCGCCUCUGAGGGAAGAAUUACCAUCAUCCCCGCCAACACCGGUGCCGUUCGCUUCAACGAAGCAACAAAAACAGAAAGAAACAUCCAAACGAGCAAACAAAUCGCUGAGUGCCGAGAUUGAACGACUUCUCCAGUACAAUCGCAACAUGGCUCCCACUACUACCAAGUUACCCGGACGACAGACAAACAAUUCACUUUCGUCGGUCACAGGACCGGUGAUUCUGCCAUUCGCCGAUACACCACCGAAAACAUCUAGCAGCAGUUCGACCAGCAAGAGCGGUGAUUCAAAUGCCGGUGGGGCUGGUACAGUGAAAGGCGCUGGCCGAAAGAAGAAGAACAAAGCCUCGCAAGUGUGAGUUUUUAUUGGCGUUAUCCUUGAAGUAGUUUUUUUAUUGUUAUUUUUUGCAUCUACUGUAUUUUACUAAAAUAUUACCCUCAAAUCGAAUGAAUUGU